GGAGAAGAAUGCGCUGCUUUGGUGAUCCACUGUGGCUCCCGGACUGUCCGGCUGGGUAGGCCUGGGAUUUUGGUGGAGGUUGCGUGCGUUGGGAGAAGCAGGCAAUAUCUACAGCUGUAGCCCUCACAUCUGGGCAAGAAGCAGCAGGAGCUCAAGGGUUGGGUGAAAAGGUGAGGGUCCUUCUGACAAAGGGUGGGGGAUCUUAGAGCAGUGGCAGAGAUGAAGAGGGGUCUCUUUAUGGGAGAGUGGGAAGGGCAGGUUGAGCUUGGCGGUCUCUUAACUUCUUUUUUUUUUCUUUUCAUCUUUUUCUCAUUUCAGUUCUGCUUGAAUCACUCAAGAAUGAGCAAUCAGCCAAUGGCCAGUCCCAAUCCAGGGAGUCCACAAAUCCUCAGUUCAAGAAAAUGAGUGGAGACUUCCCAUCGGCCAACGGAGAGGCUGGGGGGGAGGCCCCCAAGGGCUACACUCAGGACCAGGUGGAUGCAGUGAAGAGGGUAAAGCAAUGCAAAGAUUACUACGAAAUUCUGGGAGUAAACAGAGAAGCUUCUGAUGAGGACCUGAAAAAGGCUUACCGGAAACUUGCACUGAAAUUUCACCCAGAUAAGAACCACGCACCAGGGGCUACCGAGGCAUUUAAAGCCAUUGGUAAUGCGUAUGCAGUGUUGAGCAACCCAGAGAAGAGGAAGCAAUAUGACCAGUUUGGAGAUGAGAAACUCAACCCUGCUCGGCACGGACACAGUCACUCGGACUUCCACCGCGGGUUUGAGGCAGACAUCUCCCCUGAGGACCUCUUCAACAUGUUUUUUGGUGGUGGUUUUCCUUCUAGUAACGUUCACGUAUACAGCAAUGGCAGGAUGCGAUAUACCUACCAUCAGAGGCAGGACAGACGAGAACAUCAGGGUGACGGUGGCCUUGGGUUGUUUGUCCAGCUGAUGCCUAUCCUCAUCCUGAUCAUUGUGUCUGCUCUCAGCCAGAUGAUGGUCUCCAGCCCACCCUACAGUUUGAGCCAGAGACCGUCUGUGGGUCACAUACACAAGAGAGUGACAGAGCACUUGAAAGUCGUCUACUACGUAUCCGAGAACUUUGCAGAUGAAUACACGGGCACGAACCUGAAAAAUGUUGAAAGGAGUGUGGAGGACGACUAUAUUGCAAACCUUCGAAAUAACUGCUGGAAAGAGAAGCAGCAGAAGGAAGGCUUGUUGUACCGGGCACGCUACUUCGGAGACUCGGAUCUGUACCAGCGAGCACAGAAGAUGGGCACUCCCAGCUGUAGCAGACUGUCAGAUGUUCAAGCCUCUCUGCACGGAUAGUCACCGCCUGCCUGCUCAGCAGAGACUCUUGGAAUGCCUGAAGACUUUUGGUGAAGUGCACUGAGCCGAGGUGACAGACUUGAUAUUUAAAAGAAUCAAACCUUAUCUUAAAAAUGGAAUUGGAGAAUUAGCAACGCACAACUGCCCUCUUUCUUCUCUCUGCCUGUCUCCGCCGUUCGACCUACGUCUCAGGCAGCGAUUAGGACAGGAAAUCAAGCUGCCCGUCUUCCUCCUUCCCUUCCGACACUGCUAGCGUGCGACAGUCUCGUUGCUCCUGGGAUCCCACAACCCCGAGAACAAACGCGUAGAGUGUAAAAUAACACUAACUGCAGAAGCCAUGAAGCAAAAGGAGACCCUUCGCGACUGCGCUGGUCACUGCCGACGGAGAGAGAAAUUUGACAAUUUGGUGAUAAAAGAAAACUUUAGAUAAAAGAGAAGAAAAUAUAAUCUAUUUAGAAUUAAUUUAUAGCUGUAUAUAUAUUGUACUUUUAAACUAUGCAGGGGUUGGAUGAUUAAAUUAUUUUGUUUUCUGCCUGGUUUGGUAAACAGGGAAGCGGGAAGUCUCUUCCCAGGGUGUCUCGCUCUGCAGCGCUUUCCUGCCUGACACACUAAAACAAGAAUCACUUCGCAGUUACUGUAUUUUGCUUUCUGGAGGACCGCGGCCUUCUGCGGCUUAGGAUGUCGAUACCUGCCUUUCGGGUUUUAAUAAAAGAAAUUCCAAAUCUGUAGGGGGUAACAAAAGAAAUCGGGGAGACUGUCCAGAUUUGUGGUGUGGUUUUGCAGUGUUGGCAGAAGCUGCAGCGGGUCAGCUGAGCCCUGGCGUCGCACUCGGUGACGGGAAGGAUUGUCCUGGAUGGUUUUUGCUCAUCAGUUGUUGGGUUUAUUUGUGCACUUAACUUCUUUUUUUGCAGAGUCUGCUUUUAUUUUGCCUCGUAAUCAGCGUGCGGCAUUCGUUCUGUAAAGAGGGCUUUCCAUGAGCCGUCUCCCUUUGUUGGUGGUUUUUUUUGUGUGUCCUACACUUGGGGUUCCUCGCCCACCAGCGCUCCCGUUUGCAAUGUGGCCACGGCCUUGACGCCCUCUCUCUAACGUUUCCUAGAGAAGACCUGUGAAAUACUGCUAAUUCAUAAGAAACGGAGCUUUCUAUUGCUUCUGUUGAAAGAAGUUUUGCCGGGGGAGAUCGGAGAGUGCGCCUGAUCUCUCCUCAGACCCCUCCUGAGCUCUGCAGCACGUCUCUCACUCGAUCGCCGUCGGGCAGGACCAGCGUUAGGGCGGUGGGAGGGCACUCGAGGUUAGGAGACAUCUCUUCAAAGCAAAACUGGCACGAGCGGAGCUACCUCCCGUGGAAUAAACUGGAUUUUUUUUUUUUGGUACUCUGCAGUUCAUUUUUGUCUAAAGACAUUUCCAGUAAUGACCGUCCCCUGACACCCUCGGGGGAGUAAAAGCGCGGCGGUUCCCACGUGGGGUGGCAGGGGCUGGAAGGGGUGAGAGGUAAGGUGGUUUUAUUUCUUUAUUGUUAGGAAUCCACAUGCUCUGUCUUCAGCUAUUUAUUUAUUUCGCAAAAUAUCAGCCCUCCCGUUAACUGCAAGCAUUGUUAUCCCACAGCCACCACAACUUGGACCUGAUUUUAAGGGUUUUUUUUUCUUUUUUUUUUUUAAAUGAUUCCUCUACCUUUGGAAGGAAUUGGGUGGAAGUAUGGCACUUGGAAACAGCUCUUAAUAGAGGCACAGGCUAACCGGCAUGAAGAGAUCACGGGGAGGGGGUUAAACAAAAAUCGUGUUUGCAAAAGGUGCUGUGUGUCUUGCACAACGGCAUUCCUCGCCCAAAGCCUGCCCGCCAAAACCUUUUGAUUUUUUUUUUCCCCCCAAGUAGAUCUCCAUGGGUAAUAACGAGCGAGAAGGCGUAGAUCCUAACGGAUGGUCACAGAGGCUGUAUCUCUCGAUUUAGAAUUAA